AUGUCGGUGACAUUCUUCGCGCUCUUCGGGGCUCGCCAAGCAGGAAUAAAUGGGAGUAUCGGCUACCUCAGCAUGACUGGAAGGUGGUGUGGAGAAACCUCGCCGCCGCCGUCAUUCCGGCCCACGUUCACGCGACGUGUCGGGGGCAAGAAGUCGGGGGCAAGAAGUCGGGGGCAAGAAGUCGGGGGCAAGAAGUCGGGGGCAAGAAGUCGGGGGCAAGAAGUCGGGGGCAAGAAGUCGGGGGCAAGAAGUCGGGGGCAAGAAGUCGGGGGCAAGAAGUCGGGGGCAAGAAGUCGGGGGCAAGAAGUCGGGGGCAAGAAGUCGGGGGCAAGAAGUCGGGGGCAAGAAGUCGGGGGCAAGAAGUCGGGGGCAAGAAGUCGGGGGCAAGAAGUCGGGGGCAAGAAGUCGGGGGCAAGAAGUCGGGGGCAAGAAGUCGGGGGCAAGAAGUCGGGGGCAAGAAGUCGGGGGCAAGAAGUCGGGGGCAAGAAGUCGGGGGCAAGAAGUCGGGGGCAAGAAGUCGGGGGCAAGAAGUCGGGGGCAAGAAGUCGGGGGCAAGAAGUCGGGGGCAAGAAGUCGGGGGCAAGAAGUCGGGGGCAAGAAGUCGGGGGCAAGAAGUCGGGGCAAGAAGUCGGGGCAAGAAGUCGGGGCAAGAAGUCGGGGCAAGAAGUCGGGGCAAGAAGUCGGGGCAAGAAGUCGGGACAAGAAGUCGGGACAAGAAGUCGGGACAAGAAGUCGGGACAAGAAGUCGGGACAAGAAGUCGGGACAAGAAGUCGGGACAAGAAGUCGGGACAAGAAGUCGGGACAAGAAGUCGGGACAAGAAGUCGGGACAAGAAACAGCACACAUGGAUGGAAUUUCAGCAACCAGAAAGGAUAA